AUGAGUGUAUUUAAACAAAACCAAUUAUUAUUAUUAUUUUCAUUCUUAUAUAUAAUAAUCACUUUGAAUAUCUUGAUAUCUGGUGGACAUGAUGAUGAUUCUUCAUUGGAUAAUAUGAGGAAUAAGAAAUAUUUAAGAUUUACAUCACCAUUACGAACUCAUAAUUUUAAUUUACAAAAUUUACAAACAUUUCAUCGGAUUAAUCAAAUCAAACAACGCCAUCGUUUCCAUGAAAACAAUGCUUGUUUAAAUAAACGAACAUAUUCAAAUGAUCCUCAUUUGUUAUUUUUACAGAAUGAUUUAUUCAAACUAUUGAAAGGUAAACGUAGAAUGAUGAUCAAUCAUGAUGAUCUUUUAGUUGAUCAAUUAUUAAAGAGUGAAAUCACAAAGUUACGAGGUUGGAGACCACAACGAUAUGGAUAA